AUGGAAGCCACCACAAUGGCCUGCCAUGAUGAGACAACAGAACUCUUUGGUACACAGGAUGAUGCCGUUCCUGGUCAUUACUGCAACUCAUGUGGUGAGUCCUUUCAAGAUGAAGAAGCGAUGCUCCCAGUCAAGGAACUAGCUCCAAUGUUUGAUGCUGUAGCAACUGGACAAACAGCCAAUCCCAGCAUGAAGAAACCUCGUACCAACACUGCACACCAGCCAUCUUCAGGGGCCUCUCAUGUAGGCCAACACAGAGACACCAGCUCCCAACAAACUACCGAAACUGCCAAUUAUGCCCCAUCAGCAUUCCAAGUCAAUCCAAGACGAUGUCACUGCAACCGCUUUGCCAUUCCAGACCAGAUGAUCCAGUUUGUGACUACUGCAAACAGGAAGAGGAUGGUGCAAAGAAGACCUCCUACCUGGAAACGGAACUAG